AUCAUAGGCUUUAGGUAUGUUAUUGUCAGUUUUAGAGACAAGUUUAAUCAAAUAUUCUUACAUAUUUGCUAUAAUAUUUGGUUCAUUUUUAAAAAUUUAUGACGUACACCUGCCACUUAGAAUGUUCUCUAAAUGACUUUUUAUGAGGCUUUAAUAUUGUAACUAUACGACAUUACAUUUCUUCACAUGGUUUUGCACACGUUUAUUGGUUUGAUUGCAAUUAUAUACUAAUGGGUUACUGUAGACAUUUAAUUUAUUAGUUUCACUAUUUGAGAAACUAGAAAUUUCUAGGAAUAGCUGCUUCUGGAAAAUAAUACUAAUAACAUAAGUGAACGGUUGUUUAGGUUAGCUUGCAAUCGGAAUGAGUUCUGGGAAAGAUGGUUUGCCUUCUGCACCGCUGAUGGACCAUGAAGCUGUCGCCAUGGUGCCAGCUCCACCAUCGUACGAAGAGACCAUGGGGUUGUCAGGAGGCUACGCGCCGAGACCUCAGUACCCGCCCCAACCUCCGUACGCGCCGCAGCAGCAUCAGUACCCAAUAGGACCCCAUCUUUCAUACCCACCACAGCCAUACUAUGGAGGCCCGGGAUUCACGCCAGCCCAAGUCCCGGCCGAGUCCGCUUCCUCGCCGCCAAUUCCACUACACAACGUCGCUCACCCGCCAGCGAGCCUGCAGUACGUCUCGCUGGGACCCACCGCCGUCGGCCCCCGGCCGGUGACCACGGUCUGCCCCGCCUGCCGCAUGAACGUGAAGACGACCACCGUGACGGAGAACAAGACGGGCGCCCACGUCGCCUGCGUCCUGCUCUGCCUUAUCGGUUGCUGUUGUCUGUCAUGCGUCCCGUACUGCAUGGACUCUUGCAAGAAGGUGCGCCACUCUUGCCCCAGCUGCGGCAACUUCAUGGGCACCUACACAGCGUAGGGGUUCUUACCCCCGCUCCUGUUGCACCUCUUGCCCGUUCCGGCUGGGUGCGUGUGCGUUUGUACUCGAGACGGAUCCAACCAGAGACUCUGCAAGUAGGCAGCGAUCAAGUCGUGUGUGGCGAAUGGGGAAAGGUAAGUUUCAGAAUAACUGUAGUGUGAGCAAAAAAAAAAAAAUUUUAAUAUUGAUUCUGUCCUUUUACUAUGGCUCAAAUGUGAUGUUUUUUUUGAUCUGUUGUAUUAAUCUGCAUAAAAUUAGAUGUUGUAUAUAAUAUUAUAUAUAUUACUUAUCAUACACACAUAUUGCAUUUUCUGUAUGUUUGUAAAAUAAUAAAAACUGUGGAGGCAAGAUUUUUAAGAACUGUACUCAGUAUUGUAUAGGUGAUCAUUUAGCUCGUUUAAAAAAAUUGUUUAGACUCUGCAAAAGAAAGCAGAAUCAUAUUUAUUUUCUUAAAUUAUCUGAAUCACCAUUCACAGAAAGAAAAAUAACCUUGUUGAAAUUUAAUUUUUUUAUUUUAUGAAUGUACAAUAUUUUUUUUGUUUAUUUAUCUUUCUAGUUCCAGUGUAUGCAAUACUCAUGUAAUUUUUGUUUCAAAGCUUUCUUUCCACCAAUAUUUGCAUUUGAUUUUGAAAGAUGUGAUGAAUCAGUUAAUAGAAUUUGUGAGUAUGUAGUUAUUUUUGUUGAGGAACUAAGCAUGUUUGGCUUUGAUAAUUGUCAUCAAUUACGUAGUUAGCUGUAGUUGAAGUCAGAGCCGUUAUUGACUUGCAGUUGAUGCUGCAUCAUGGAGCCAGCAUUGCUAAGGCUGCGUAGCUAGCACUGCAGAGUGAGUUGUUCGACAUCAAGUAGCCGAUCAGGACCUUUUUAUAAAAAUGGCCCGCAGUUCAGUGCAUGUGGCUAUAGAGUAGUCCGUCAAAGGAACGUAACUGUCAUUUCCAAGGGAAGAUUAUUUGUCAGAAUGUGUUGAAAAAGGCAAGAACGUGUUUUCCUCUAGUUUUCACUGCCGUGCUCUCUCUAAGAGAUGCGAAUGGCAAAAUUUUUUUGGAAAAAUGUAACCUCAUGUUUUUCCGUAAAUGUUUCCAUUGCCAGCAUAGAUUUACAUAAUUGAAGAUAGUUUGUUAUUUUUAUUUUUUUUAUGCAGAUUGGUAGUUACUGUUUAAACAACAAUUUUUUGUUCCUCAGUUGGUAAAGGUAAAAAUAUGGGUCUUACCACCCAACUCUCUAAUGUUAGUGAGCUAGAAGUUGGUAAAGAACGACAAAAUGUACGUAUGUUUUCUUUAGUUCUGUUUGUAAAUAAAAGUUGAUAACAUUUAUUUGUGUGUUUGUUUAAAAUUUCAACUCUAAAAAUAUUUCAGUCAGCAGAAAAUUUUUCCAAAAAUAUUUUUCCAGAAAACUAACAUCUUUACAUGAGACAGAGUGGUUUUGAACUUAUGGGAAGGUAUGUUGAAGGAGUAAUAGGUGGAAUACUUUGUUAAAACUUGUAUACUCUUGCCUCCACCAUAAUUUUACAAACAUAAAUAAAUUAAUGACAUAUUGUAUUCUGCUUUCUGUUCUCUGUUCUGUGUAUUUUUGUACCUACACAUUUUAUUGUUGUAGAUUAUCUCAUUGUGGUUUCAAAACUAUUGGAUUUAUUUAUUUCACUCUCUUAAGGGUACUACAAAUAUUUUGAGAUCACUAAAAAAAAAUUAAUUUUUUUAAACAAGAGAGUGUUUAUACAAGUUGCAGUAGUUAAUACUACUGUAUAUUUUUGGUAUAUAAUAUGUUCUGCCAUUACGUUUAUUGGUAUUUAAUGUAUUAGGUAUUUUGUGUUACCGCAUAUAGUCAUUCAUUUAUUUGCAUAUUUACUUGCAUGCAGAAAGCAGUUAUUAAAUUAAGCGAUCAAAGCUGUAAGCUGUUAGUUUGUAUAUUAUUUAUAUUAAAUAUAAUUUUUUUUUGUAAAGACAUGGAUGUCAUGCAGAUUAUGUGUGUAUUCAAUACAAGGUGCAAUUAUGUGAUAUGGCUGCCAUGUAAAACUCUUUAAGGGUAUAGAUACAUGUGUGGGUGGGUGUGUUUGUUGCUGCAGUGAAACUUCAUUGAGAAGUAUCCCAAUUCAAAUGAUUGCUCACUUAAAAGUUAGUAUUUUCAGAUCCCUACAAGAUGUUUUACAUGAAGUAACAUUUCAAUAUCAAGCAUUUUAACUAUUAACUAUCAUUUUUAUAGAUUAUUUUCUAAUGAGAUUUCACUGUAGUAUAUAUGUUUUAAGAUAUUAUAUUUUAUCACUGUUUACUCAUAUUAUUUUUAUCUUAUUUUACAAAUGUUCCUUUUUAUUCUUUUCAAAUGUUAGUGCUCUUGAUAUGAGCAUAGGUGGAUAAGUCAUAUAAAUUACAUUAGAAGAUAGUAUUGUAUUAAAAUAAUAAAAUUAAUAUCAAUAUGGUUGUACAUGUAUUUUGUUUGUACUAUUGUUGAUUCCAGUUUUUUCUACAACUUCUGAUUUGGCCUUUGUACUCACUAACUCUCAAUCAAGUAAAUUAAGAGGAGCUGAUUCUAAUUUUAAUACUUCUACUUACUUAAAUCUAAUUAAUAAAAGUUGCCUUUAAUAAUCAAAUUGACUCAUAUUUUCUGAAAAUAGUGGUUCCUUUCACAAAAAAUUUUUGCAGUAGUUACUAAUGGGUUGAUUUGUGUAUUGUACAGAACCUAAUCUUUUUGCUUAUGGAUAUUUCCUCAAUAUUUUUGGUAUUGUUUAAUAAGCAUGUUUAGUGUAGCCAAAUAGAAAAUAGUGUAUACCCAAUUCAAUAAUCCAUCAGCAAUUUCUUCUCUGAUCUCAAAACCCUCUUUACCUUCUCUAGACGGGCGAAUACUGUCCUGAUAAACCAGUCUCAAGUCAUGGAAUAUUGCAUAUUAGUCAUACAGCAAGCAAUAGGUAUCGAUAAAAGAAUUUAAUUAAAAAUGUCACAUAUUUAAUUUUUAUGGAAAGUUUAUUAAGAUAUAAUUAGGGAUGUGUGAAAAACUUCCCCCCCCCCCCCCCCCCCACAAUUUUAAUUGAAGGCAAAGAUUUAAGUGUUUGUCGAUGACAAAUACAAAGCCCAAGAUAAUUUAAAUAGGUAUGUAUAAUACUUGCAUUCACUAUAAUCUUACUCUCCUAUACAUAAUAUAUUGCAACUGCAGCUUAAUUGAUACAAACAGUUAGUAAGAUGAUCAAAAUAGUUACUGUGCAAGAAUUCCCCUUUUGUUAAUAUCACUCUUGUCACCAUCAGAAGAUGCACAUAGUUAGGAGAGAUAGAGGUGAAAAAUAUUAUUUUUUUUUUUUAAUUAGAAAGACCAAUUGUUAGAGUCAAGGUUUUAUGAUGUAAUAAAGAAGCAAGUUUUGUUAUUAAAAAUUGAGAAUUUAAUCUUUAUCAUCAUUAAUAAUGAAAAUCACAUGUGAUAAUAAGUACAUACCAAGAACAAUAAUUUUGAUCAACUGCUUUAAAAAUGUGUAGUAAGACCCUUCAAAUGUGUACAUAAAACAAUAGUACUACAUACGUUUAUUGAUAAGAGAAACUGAGAAAUUUAAAUAAAAAAACUGUAACUAUACCAUUCAAUAUUCUUCUGUAAUGUUUCUUUAAUGUUUCAUAGUGUACUACUUUAUAUGUAUACACACACAUAUAUGCAAUGUUUAAAACCCAAAAUCAUUAUAUUUAUUUAUUUCCUUGUGAUGCUUCUUUCAAGGCUUUCAGCCAUUUAAGUAGCUAUAGACCGCUAUGCUUUACCCUCUUUUAUCGCAUAAUCGUCAUACGCGCGUAAUCGUCGCACCCAUAUUUUAGGUCGUCAAAAUUGGUAUAAAAAACUUCUCGCGCAAACUCGCAUGAUGUUUUUGGUCCCGCUAGUAGAUCCCGAGCGCUUUGUGUAGGUAUCUUUUCCGUAUAAAACAAUAUAUUUUAAAGUAGAAAUCUAAUAUUUAUUCAGUCAUUACCACUUAUUUAUUCAAUUAACGGAAAUACAAACUUGUCUGACGUGAAAAUUUUCUUAUAAAGACGUUUUUAAACGUUAUUUCCUUUAUCCGAUUGUCUGCGUCGCCGCAGUGUAGUUAUCUUUUCCGUAUAAAACGAUGUAUUUUAAAGUAGAAAUCUAAAAUUUAAUUUCGGUCAUUACCACUUAUGUAUUUAAUUACCGGAAAUACAAACUUGUCUGAUGUGAAAAUUUUCUUUUAAAGACGUUUUUAAUCGUUAUUUCCUUUAUCUGAUUAUAAAAAUGUAGCCAGUGCAUCAUUCAUGUUUGGUUAUGUUGCUUCCCGUAUAGAGCGCGCGCACGUAGUCGAAUAUCGAUAUCUCGCCGAUUGGAUGCAACGCACACUCUCUGUCAGGUGCCGAGUUAAAUACAUUUGAUAGCCCGUAUUCUUUCGUGGCAAGUGUGUACUACGACACGUUAGUUCACGUCAGAUUCAAGUGGUUUGCGUUAGAGUUUUGGUUUUUCUAUUUAAAGUUGAAGAAAGCUUUUUGUUUAAUGAAUUAUUAAUAUAGAUUGUUUGGCGUGCUCUUGCAUGCUCCACCUUUUUUUUAAAUAAACAUACUUUCCAUGAACAGGUUUUGUUUUUAUAAAUAACUUUACCUAACAAAAAAAAUUUUUUUUUUCCGCAUAAUCGUUGCACCCCUACUUUUCAAUCUUGAUUUUAGAAUAAAAUGUGUGACGAUUAUGCGAGAAAACACGGUACUUUGUAAAAACUAUACAUAUUUUUUUAUUUAGUAUAUAAUAUUUUAGGUUUAUAAAUAAGGCCUAAACUAAAUAUUUUAUUAAUUCUGUAUUUUAAUAGACAAAAUGAGUCAGUUGAGGUACUUUCGCUGCAUUUUGGUGCUAUGCAGUGUAGUGACUUCCAUUUCGGUGUUUGGCUGUGUGUUGACUUCAGUUUGGCUGUUGUUUAUGUUUUAGCGCUAUUGACCAUAUACAUAAUCUUGCCUCUAAAAAUUGUCUGAACAUUAUGCAAAAUCAGUAUCUAACAUUUAUUGAUUUAAUUUUUUUCUUUUAACGUACAUGUAAGAAAAAAGAAGAUAUACUCUGUUCACGAUUUUGUGAGACUUUUUUGACCAAUGCUUCAGCAAGCAUUCAGACUUUGACAGCUCAGUAUUCUCACAAGACUGGCCAAUGGUGUAUCCAUAUUUACUUAGUUAGCCCAAUUUUAUGUAGUGGCACCCAUUUACGACAACAGUGCUGGUUAAAUACAUCCUUAAUGCACCCCUGGAUGAUGACAGAGUAAAUACAUAUUAUGUUAAUUAGUAACUUAUCUUUAAACUAAAGUCUGGAAGAAGCUACCUGACUCUACUCUUGAAAUGUUUUGGUGCUUUUGAAGUCUUCCUUCUCUUGAUGUCGGAUUGUAUAGGCCUGAACAUAAGUUUUCUCUCUACUCUGUAAUAUUGACUAGAAUUGAUAUACUAGUAUGUUUUGUUGGAACUGUAAUCUAUUUGAUGUGGCAAGUUCACCUUCGAAGUUAAUACUUAAGCUUAUAACUAAUACUUUGAAAGUUAUGGUAGGAUAAGCUUUAUUUCUCCUUUGCUUGCAGAGAUGUAUGAUGAUAGCUUUUCAUGUACCUAACCAAUUAUAUUACGUACAUGUUUUAUGGUUUUUAAUUCUCAAUCUUAAUUCUAUAUUCACAUUAUUAUUAUUAUUAUUAUUAUUAUUAUUAUUAUUUGUUUGCUCUUUCAAGGCAUUUUAUUUUAUUUUGGUUUUAAGUUUACUUUUAAGGGGCUGCUAUCAUUAAAUGUGUAUAAUUUUUCACUUUGUGUUGUAGGAGGCAGUAUUUAGGUACUACAUGAGCGUAUCUCAAUUAUGUUUGAAUUUGUAAAAUGUGGAUUGUGUAUAGAAUUUGUUUUAGGGAAUGUGUGUAGCGUUGAACUUGUACUGUAUAAAUUCAUUCUGCCGGGCUGGUUUAUGUUUUUCAGAACAGUUAAGAAUAAAUGUGCUUUGCAGUGUAGAAUAAUUGUUGGCUACUAUGCAAGGUUAUGAUAUUAAGUGUUUGCAGUGUUACAAGUUGUCCAAAUGAAAUAUUUUUAGGUGUUCAGUUAGCCAAGGAAGUUAAAGCCCACAUAUUCUUAUAUCUGUUUUAAAAUAUAAAAUACAACAGGUAUUUAGACCCUCAUUGGUAGAAACAAGAUUUUAUGGUUUUAUUUUUAGGCUAAUUUUGUUCUUAAAAAAGGAGUCUUUGUGUUAUUGUUUUAUUUUUUAUGAAUUUUGUUUAUACAUAAACAUAGCAUAAUAUUAAACAAAUCUAACACUUAAAAGUUUCAUUACACUUAUUUAAUCAAAACUGUGUAACUUUGACUGAUAUGAUACACUUUUGCAACAAUUACAAUAAGAAUUAUAUGUAAGACACUUGUCUUAACUGCUUGGAAUAACAAAAAUAAAUCGCAAAGUAUUUGUGUGUUUUUUUAAAAAUGUACCAACCUGGUAUAGUAAAAAUGCGUUACUACUUUAAUAACAGAUGCAAGAUCAAAAAAUAAUAAUUUCCAAUUUAAUACAUACAUUUUGGGACAAACUUUGUGCUAAAUAAAUUUAAUUCAUUGAAUUUAAUAAAUUAAAAUAUUAUGGUUUUGUGAAUUGAGUUAUUGUUUUAAUUAAAAAUGCUGAUUUAUGAAUUAAGUUGCAUUUCAGUGCUAUUAACAUGCUUUUUGGUGUUACUGUAUUUCGGUUUAUAGCGUUUAACCAUUACAUCUUGUGUCUACUCAUUGGUAAUCUUGUACAGUUAAACUUACUAUUUACAUUAGGCAGUGUGGCAGCAUUCUGGAAAGUCAGAGAAAAUCAGGGAAAAGUCAGGGAAGUUGUAAUCGGUCAGGGAAGUCAGAAAAUUUACUUUAAAACUGGAAAAGUGAUGUAAAUUUCCCAGUGAUAGUAAUUCGGGGCGAGAAUGUGAUGGUGCAGUUUGCCAACAACCAGGCUGUGAAAGCAUUUUUUUUUUCCAGAUGGUGGUUUAGUGCGUAGUCAUAUAAAAUGGUGUAUGCGAGGUUAUGUUUGCGCUAGGCCAUUCUGUGGGGAUGGUGGAGACUGGUAUUUCUUUAUUUCUUUCAGGAAAUUGCAAAAUAGAUCAAUUAUUUUUUUUUUAAUUAGGGAAAAUUUAUGAAUUUUAGUCUGGGAAAGCUAGAGAAAUUUUUUACAGAUUUGUUUAGACGCCCUGAGAACAACAUAACAGUUUUUGAAUCCACUUAGAGAAAUUUUCAAGUAGUUGUACAGUAUUGUAAAGUUUGUACAGUUAAAAUGUAUUGCUACUUUACUUUAGAAAAUUACAAAAUUUAUUACUUUUAGAAUUUUACAUGUAGAUGAUGAUUGUGAUGAAAUUUCAUUGUUCAAAGUAAAUAUUGGACACAUUUGUAAUGAUAUUGCACUGCAUUUAACCAGCCCAAAAGAAUUCUCUUGUGUCAUGCCAAAAUAAGACUAUGUGAGAAUUAAUAUUACCAUACAUAAAUGUUAUGUACUACAACAUAAAUAAAGAACAUGUUUUAACUCUUAAAAUUAUGGGAUCUUAUAAAAAUAAUUUUUUUGUAUAGUUUAUUUGAACAUUAAAAUAUUUUAUAAAAUUGUUACAUGUUUUAUGGUUUUAUCUAUGUGUGAUGAUGUAUAUUAGUUAAAUACUAUGUUCAUUGGCAUUCCAUUUCCUGUUAUGCUUUAUCUCAUUGGCAUCUAAAAAAAAUUAAUUGGUCUAGUGUAUUGCAUCCUAGUAUUUUAAUUUCAUGCAUAGAUUAAGCUUAAUGACUACAGUUUAGGCAUGGGGUUAGGUCUACAAUGACUACAAAGUUUCGCUAGCACAUUUUAUAUGCUGUUCGGUUUGAUAUAAUGGAUGCAUUUGUUGCAUUCUUGGAAAUUGUUUUUAUGUUAGUACAGUUGCCGUCCUAAGAGAAACAGAGCUUUAGCUGCUGCUGAUGUUAAAUAGUCGAGUCAGACUUGCUUACUGAAACACAGGCUUUCAGCUCAUAGACAUGAUAAGCUACAGAAUAGUCAGUGCUUUGACCCUACAUAUAAAUUUUAUUUAUUUUUGUGGAAUGUUUUGGAAGCUCUACUCUAUACAUGUAAAAGGAAAUUUGGAAAAAAAAAAAAUUUUGUGUUGGCGUGUUAAGGUAUCGUAAAGAGCUUGAGAAUAAAUCAAAUUUUAUAAUUUUUAGAUUUAUUUUAUUCAAUUUUAAUGGCUUGAAAAGUAAUCUAAAUAGGCAAUUUUGAACUAUGUACAUUUGUUAUUACUAACUGGAAAAUUCGAAUUCAGACAUCUGAAAUUAUUGUUCCAAACAAUGGAUUAUAAUUAUAUAUUUAAACAACAAUGAGAACAACAAUAAGAAUGCUUCAGUCGCAAGGGGCAUAACAGGGAGACCACUGAGCGAGUCGUCCCAUGAGGCUUGUUUAGGCUGGCUUUGCCCACGUUGCUCUUAGGCUCACUCCCAAUGUCUUUAACACACAAAGUAUUAUCUGGCAUGCUGUUGCCGUCACCCGGCCUCUGUGGAAGGCCCGGGAAGUACCUGACAGGCGCUAAAGGCGCCGCGGU